UACCAAUUCAGGCCGUCUCCUCAAAGACAUCAUCUCGCCCUUACCACUGAAAAGCGAGUAUGGAGCAUGGAUGCGUUUGUGUCCCGCAAACGGCGGCGUGCUGCCACGCCUGACGUUGUACCGGAGGCCUGCAUAUCUCCUCCACACACGGACGAGGACGACUCGACCGAUGUGAAACUGGCUCUCCUGGCUUCACUGCACCCGGACUGUCCCCAGGAAGCACUACUGGACGCUCUUCUGUCCCAUGAAGGGUCCGUCGAGGAUGCCUCCCGGGCUUUGGGAGAUGAUGAUGAUGAUGCUGUAGUAAUACCCGGAGGCGCGAUAGCGUCCCCUAGGAAGAAGGAGUAUCUUUGGAAGAAUGGCCCGGGGUAUCAGUCGUCCAUUUCAUCAUUUAGUAAACAGGCCUCAGACGGAGGUGCUUCCCCUGGGAGCAUGAAGAGAUUAAUGACCCGAAAGGGCAGGACAUUACACCUAUAUGCUCCCAAAGAUAUCGAGAAUCACACGCCGUGCUCCAUCAUACAUAACUUCCUCCCCAGCGAGACGGCAGAUGCUCUGCUCCUGGAACUGCUAGGGGAUGCGCCGACAUUCUAUAAGGGCAAGUUCAAGUUGUUUGAUAGAGUGGUGGAAAGCCCGCACACGUUCGCGUUCUACGUCGAUAGCUGGGAGGACGUAGAGCGACAGAAGCGGGAAUACACAUAUAACGGCCAGGAGCUCAAGGAUGUCCGUCGUCUCCUGCCUGAGAUGCGGAGCGUCUCGAAGAACGUCGAAGACGCCGUGAAUCUGGAGAUCCAAAGACGCAUACGGGACUUCCAGGGCGGACACCGCUUAAGAUACCAAAGCCCAAAAGAGUGGAAGCCCAACACAGCAUUCGUAAACUGCUACGACGGAGCAGCGCAAAACGUCGGCUACCACGCCGACGAGCUCACCUACCUAGGCCCCCGCGCCAUCAUCGGCAGUCUCUCCCUCGGCGUCUCCCGCGAAUUCCGCGUCCGCAAAACCAUCGCCCGCGAAGACAAACCCCUGAUCUCCAAACCCAGCAGUCACCUCCAGGACGACCCGGAGGGCCAGAUCGCCAUCCACCUCCCGCACAACUCCCUCCUGGUCAUGCAUGCGGACAUGCAAGAGGAGUGGAAGCAUUCCAUCGCGCCCGCCCAGUCCAUCGAUCCGCACCCGCUGGCCGGCAAUAAGCGUCUCAACAUCACGUAUCGGUGCUACAAGGAUGCGCUGCAUCCGAAGUUCACACCGCGGUGUCGGUGUGGGAUUCCGACUGUGCUGCGUUGUGUGCAGAAGAGGAAGGAGAGUCGGGGCAGGUAUAUGUGGAUGUGCCACGCACACUUCGCGCCAGACAAAGAAGGAUGUUCCUUCUUCCAGUGGGCCGAAUUCGACGACGACGGGGAACCCCCAUGGUCUGCGGCGUACAAGCAGCGCGCAGCGAAGCCAGCAGUCGGUCAAAGUGCUCCUACAGAUGCCGUACAAUAAUUUUGAUUGGUUUGUUGUCUGAUUGGACUUUUGUCGCUGCUGACACGGACGAAACCGCCGACGCGUGGAGUGUGGACAUACAUAUUCACGCACUAGACCACUUUCAACCCCAUACCGCCACCCCUUGCUGUUGAAAACAUAGGCGAGAGUCUGCGUGGACGUAGACGUAGGGACUCCGCACAUUUCACGUGAGGCAGUCAUAGUCAUGUGAGCCCUAAGGUCGAAGCUUAGUGGUUUUGCAUGUAAAUAUUAAGUAACAUUGAGCUAGAGCGUGAGGUACUGAGUGUGUUGUGUAAAUGUCUAUAU